AUGGAAGAAAAUUGUAACUUUUCGGAGAUCUCGAAUGGCCAGGGUUUUUAUCCAUGUUUUCGGUCAUUGAUCACUAAUAGCUUGCUACCACUGCUACCACUACUAUCGUCAUUGAUUUUCUGCUUACCACCGAUCAUUUAUGCAGCACGGCGUCGAUUCUAUGCUUUUACGCCAAUUCAUGACCCAGUGCCUUCCAAUGCUACGUCGACGGAUAUUCCUCCGGAAGAAUUGCUGUUCAAGCGUUGGUCCAUCUUCAACUUGACACGAGUUUUGGGAUCGAUGAUCCAACUCUUUAUGUCUGCUACAGUAUUAAUUGAGAUACGUCGGUAUCACGUGGAUACAGUGGUCGAGGGUACAAUAGACGAUGUUAUCGUUGCAUUCUCCACAAGCUGCAUUUUUUGGCUAUGUGUACUCUUUUUAUCCAUCACUGCCAUGUGCUUUGUAUCGGUGACCACUAUUGUCCCCAAAGAAGUGGAUCUUCUGCUUCUUUCCAAGCUUUUAUUCCAUCUUGUGGAUAUCUAUUCGUUCUUUGUGGUACAUUACACAGAUGAGAUACCGGUUGGAUAUGCACUUUCUAUUAUUGGCGCUUGCAUCACCAUUGCCAUGCUUGCCAUUUUGAUCCAUGAAGAGCGUGGAGCUCCUGCUCAACCUAUCUUUUCGGACACUGACCGCCCCAUGUCAACCGAGAUGUGGGCCUCGCUUUACUCCAAAUUCAUGUUUAAUUGGAUCGCUCCCAUGAUGAAAAAGGGGUAUCGAAGGACACUGAAUGAGGAUGAUUUGAUCGAGCUCUUACCACAAAAUCGAGCAAAGCAUGUGUUAGUGCAAUACAAAAACUACAAGUCUUCUUCCCUGAUUUGGGGCAUUCUCAGAGCCUACAAGGGAGAAUUCACGAUCCAAUUCUUUUACGCUAUGGCAUGGAAUGCUGGAUUAUUGGCACCUCCGAUCUUUUUGAACAAGAUUGUAAGUUACAUUGAUGAUCCGCAUCCUGAACAGCCGGUUGUUGUUGCCUACUUUUAUGUCUUUAUGCUUGUUUUGAGCUCGGCUAUCCAAACAUUGGCUGCACAGCAAGCACUUUAUAUUGGAAGAACAUUGAGUGUGAGGAUCCAAGCCAUUGUUGUGGGUGAAGUCUUUGCCAAGGCAUUACGAAGACGGGAACAUCCAUCCUGCUCUAGUGAUGGUGAUGGUGAUGAUAAAGCCGACUCCAAUGUCAACAAUUUGUUAUCGGUGGAUUCACUCAAAAUCAGCAACUUCAUGGCAUACCUCUUUCAUGUGUACUCGUAUGCCCUGCAAAUCAUUCUAUGUAUGGCUUUGUUAUGGAAGAUACUUGGCAUAGCAGCCUUUUGGGGAUUGUGUGUCAUGAUCAUGAUGCAACCUUUUCCUGUCAUCAUUGGGCGGCUAUUUGAGCGUACCCAAAAGAACCUCAUGACAGCCAGCGAUCAUCGAAUCAAAAAGGUCAACGAGCUCUUGGGUGCUAUACGCAGUGUAAAGUUUUUUGCAUGGGAAAAGGAAUUUAAAGCACGCGUCAACGAUGCACGAGAAAACGAGCUAAAGUGGUUGCGGCGACGUCUUUAUUUCAACAUGUACACCACCAACAUUUGGUUCCUUAUCCCUAUUCUUAUCAUGAUUACGGUGUUUUAUGCAUAUACGCGAACAUAUGAAUUGACAGCAGCCACGGCGUUUACAGCGGUGGCCCUUUUUAAUUUGCUACGUACAGCAUUGGACAUGUUCCCAGCGUAUAUUACUGGGUUACUUCAAGGUCGUGUUUCUGCAAAGCGUAUUCAAGAUUUUCUUCAUGAGGAUGAAGUGGACGAGCCAUCACCACUACAAGAACAACAACCCAUGGCAACGGGUAUCCAUGUUGGCUUUGUGGAUCAUGCCACAUUUGGGUGGGAUGAGGAUCCAAGUAAAGCCAUUCUCAAGGACCUUGAUUUAUCAUUUCCACGUGGGAAGCUCUCUGUGGUGUGUGGUCCUACAGGAUCAGGUAAAUCCACCUUAUUAGCAAGCUUGCUUGGUGAAACGCAUUGCUUUCAAGGGAGUGCACAUCUUGCUCGUCAGCAUGAUACCAGGCAUAAAGACCCAUUAGAAGGUGGUGGUGCACCAUCAGGUGUAGCCUAUGUCGCACAAACCGCUUGGAUUCAAAACAAGAGCAUUCGUGACAACAUUUUAUUCGGAUUGCCCUAUGAUGCUGAUCGAUACAAGCAAGUUUUAUACAUGGCGGCUCUUUUUAAAGAUCUCGAGAUUUUCGAACAUGGUGAUGCAACACAAGUGGGUGAGAAAGGCGUUACAUUGAGUGGAGGACAAAAACAAAGAGUAGCAAUCGCAAGAGCUGUGUAUUCUCAAGCCGAUGUUAUUCUACUCGACGGUUGUUUGAGUGCUGUAGAUGCUCAUACAGCAAAACAUUUAUAUGAGCAUUGUAUCAAAGGAGACUUAGUACGCCAUCGCACUGUUAUCCUCGUCACCCAUUAUGUUGCAUUGUGCUUGGGUGGCGCUUCAUACGUUGUCGUUCUCAAAGAUGGCCAAGUGGCUGGUGCUGGUGAUCCAUCCGUAAUCAUGCAAAAUGGCAUUCUUGGUGAAGAGAUUACAAACACACAACAUCAAGACAGCAACUCUACUACAUCCAAUCAGCAACAAAACGAGGAAGUAGCGUCCUACGAUGCUAUACCAAAGUUCAACCAUUCUAAAAAGAAGCAUGACAGCAAGCUAGUCAAAGAAGAGGAGCGCGCUGAGGGACAUGUUCCAUGGUCAGUGUACAAGGCAUACGUGCAAGCAUCAGGAGGAUACCUAUGUUGGGCUGUGAUCCUGUCAGCUUUUGUAUUGGCGCAAGUGGCUAUCUUUUGCCGAGACUACUGGAUCAAAAUCUGGACCAAUGCAUAUGGCAAUGAUGAUACCAUCACCAUGGCGGCACCUCAUAUUAAGGAGGAAUCAAGACAACAAAAAGAGGUGAAUGUGACGUACUACCUUGGCAUCUAUGCAUUGAUUGGUCUUUGCACGCUUAUUGCUAGCACGAUGCGCUCACUCAUCUUGUACACUGUAUCCAUUCACGCCUCACGUCGUUUGCAUGAAAAACUGCUCGACAAGAUCCUUCGAGCCAAGGUCCGCUUUUUUGAUACCACACCGCUUGGCCGUGUGAUCAAUCGGUUUUCCAUGGAUAUGCAAACCAUUGACCAAGAGGUUGCUCCUCAAAUGGCCUUCGUUUUAAUCACCUUAAUGUCCACCAUCACCGUCAUUCUUUUGGUAUCCAUUGUGCUCCCACUUUUUAUCAUUCCUGGCACCCUAAUUGCUAUCGCUUUCACGCUUAUUGGCAUGUACUAUUUGGCAACAUCGCGUGAUUUGAAACGUUUGAAUUCAAUCUCUCGUAGCCCCAUCUAUGUGCAAUUCAGCGAAAGCAUCCAAGGUGUCGCUACAAUCCGCGCUUUUGGUGCCCAAGCUCGCUUUUUGAAUGAGAACUAUACGCUCGUUGAUAACAACAACCGGCCCUUUUUAUGGAUGUGGGCCUCCAAUCGAUGGCUUCAUGCACGUAUUGAGCUGUUGGGUGUCUUUGUCAGCUUUUGGGCAGGUUUUGCUAUUAUCUAUACACGUGAUUGGAUCGAUCCUGGUUUGGCAGGUCUUUGUCUCAGUAACACGCUCUUGUUUACUGAACAUGUAUUGUGGUUGGUACGCAACUAUGCACAAAACGAGAUGAACAUGAACUCCAUUGAACGUGUACAAGAGUAUAUGGAUAUUGAGGAGGAAGAAGAAGCACCCGAAAACAUGCCUGCAACAACAUGUCCUCCAAAGAGUUGGCCUGAAACUGGAGCUGUCAAGGUUGAGGAUUUGGAAAUGAGGUAUUCACAUGAUAGUCCUGCUGUGCUACAUCACAUCUCGUUUGAGACAAAACCAAGAGAAAAAGUUGGCAUUGUUGGAAGAACUGGAAGUGGAAAAUCAACAUUGGCAUUCUCUCUAUUCCGAUUUAUGGAAGCAAGCCAUGGCAGGAUCUUGAUUGAUGAUGUGGAUAUUGCUACGCUAGGUUUACAAGAUUUACGUUCUCGGUUGACCAUCAUUCCUCAAGACCCUGUUUUAUUCUCGGGCACUUUGCGCAGUAAUCUUGAUCCCUUUGGUCAACAUGAUGAUGCCGAGUUAUGGGCUGCACUGAAACGUGCCCAUUUGAUUGAUCAACAGCAACAACAAGAUGAUGAGCAAAAGAACGUUACAUUGGAUUCCAUUGUAUUAGAGAAUGGAAGCAAUUGGUCUCAAGGACAACGUCAGCUGAUUGCACUUGCACGUGCUCUUGUCAAGAAAUCCUCACUUGUGAUUUUGGAUGAAGCAACAUCCUCAGUUGAUUUUGACACGGACCGCAAGAUCCAAGAAACCAUUCGAGCUGAGCUCACGCAUUCAUCGCUCUUAUGCAUAGCCCAUCGCAUUCGUACAGUGGCAGAUUAUGAUCGUAUCCUUGUAUUGGAUCAAGGCCGUGUCAAGGAAUUCGAUACGCCAUACAAUCUUCUUACUACUACUACCCGACAUGAAGGCAUCUUUCGACAAUUAUGUGAACGUAGUGGUGAAUUCGAUGAAUUGUUGGCUAUUGCUACUGAAAAACAUAAAUCAAAACGAUGA